GCAUGGAGUGUAAUGUGAAGGGGCUGUUGUUGAGGUGGCAGUUUCUAUGGUAACAGACACACAGGCAAGAUGGCCUUCCUUCACUGGAGUUGCCAGGACGUGGCAAAAUGGAUAAGAUCCUUAGGAUAUCCACAUUAUACAGCCUGUUUCACUGAGAACCUCAUCACAGGUAAAAAGCUGAUUUAUGUAAAUUGCUGCUAUCUGCCAAGAUUAGGAAUCACAGACUUUGAGGAUAUGAAGGCCAUCUCUGCACAUGUGCGUGAGCUGCUGGGGACAUCAGAGCCGCUGUGGAGCCGCAGCAUCGCAGACCCCCCCAGAGACAGCAUGGGCCUGUUCCUGGAGAAGAAGAGCAGAACAGGGGACUGGGCCGAUUCCUUCACCUACACACAGUUCCUCGACAGGAAACAGUGAAUGGAAUCUGUCCGUCUGAUAAAAGAAACAUGAAUGAAUGAGCUGUCUGUCAGUGUGUUGUUUGUAAGAUGACGUUAGUUGUGAAUGAUGAGACAAUAAUGUUCCAUUCAAUUACAGAUGUUGAGACACUAUUUCAAGACAGCGUUUUGUAAGGCACUUUGUGAUUAAAUUGGUGUUCUGGGGUGUGCA